AAGUUGGAAGUGGGUGAAGUUUGAACGUCGCCAGGAGAAGACUAGACUAGACGCAAUUAAUAAUGACAUCAGCAGGAGAAUGCACAAGAACCUUGGCGCAGAUUGCAAAUUGUGGAAGCACCCUCGGCGUCAACGAGGUCGUACAUAGGCUUUCAAUAAUGCAUGAAUACAGGAGAACUACAACGCUUUCAAUUUUCAACCGCCCACCUUUUUCUUUAGCCUUUUAAGACGCAUCUUGCAAAAGGGGCCAACACUUGCCGUGCCAAAAAUUCGCUGUACAACUCCAUGACUUGGUGUGCCUGUUCUGUGCAACCUUGGCGAUCUUAUGGCAGUCUUUUGUGUCCAGCACAACUUCAGAGAGGCCAGAGAGACUUGGCUGCGCCAACUUUUCGCAGCACUAUAAGAGUGCAUUCGAGCAAUGGUGCAGACAUCUUGCAUACAAAUGCAAGUGCGGCACAGACCUUACUGGUCAAUGGAGCAGGGCAAAGUUCAACGGAAGUGGACGACAAUAUCACCCCCCCAAAACUGCCGGAGUGGCUGAGUCGCCAAUCACUCUCACACGAUACUGUAGCCGACUCCCCUCCGCUCAAUAAGGACAGCAUCAAUCGAAAUGAUGCAGCAGACUCAGGACCCCUCUUGACGCCGCACCCAGAGCUCUCCGCAAUCGCUGCUGUGGAGGCUCAAGUGCAGGCCCUUCAAUUCAACGAUCUUCCACGACCCGAUCAUGGCGUUGAGGUGCUGUAUCACUUUGCCAAUGCCGAAGGCACCCUCGGGGGCUCGUCUCUGCCCUGCUACUUUGGAUUCCCUUCGGACCUGUACCACUUCGGACACUUCUGCCUAAAGUUCAAGACACGGUACAAAGACUUUGUCAAUUUCUCGAGCUACGAGAUCCAUGACAUAACGCAAAAGCCCACACGCUUGGCUCAGGACCGGCUGCAAUUGCCGGAUGAAGACCUUGACUCAGGGGAAGCAGAGCGCUUGUUCGGGCCAACCGUCCAGCCAACGGGCCCCUCUCAUGGAUCCCAUGUGAGCUCGAGCAUGAACCUGGACCCGCGGUUCGUAGGCACUGAGGCCCCUCUAUUUCGGGCCUGAUAUUUUGAGUAGCCAGGACUUUCCUACUAUGAAAUGAAA